UUUCAGCGCAGUAGUCUAUCUUUCUUCAUUUUAAUAUCGCGGUCGAGUGUAAUCCUACUCGAUCUUUGAAUUGCCACCUGCACAAUGGCAACCAUCAUGUCAACGCGCCUCAUCCGCCUCUCCGCACCCCUCGCCCACCUCCGGGCGACCGCGGUACCUACCCGGGUUUUCAUCUCUCGCUACAGCACUAGCACAGAAGAAGACAUCAUCAAAACCCAACAAAUCCCCGCCCCUGGUUCAGGGCAUGUGCGCGUGCUACAGUUGAACCGGCCCAAAGCUCGCAACGCGAUCUCGACCCACUUACUUGACGCGCUCGCGAAGCAUGUGGACGCUAUCUCCGCCGAAGGAGGCAACGGACCAACCCGGGCAUUGGUUGUAGCGAGUAACGCAGAUGCAGCCUUCUGCGCGGGCGCAGACCUGAAAGAACGCGCCAACAUGAGCAUGGCCGAAACCGAAGACUUCCUCCUCAAACUCCGCGCCACCUUCCAAAAACUCGCUUCUCUCCAAAUCCCCACCAUCUCCGCCGUCUCGUCCGUAGCCCUCGGCGGCGGUCUCGAGCUCGCCCUAUGCACGCACUUUCGCGUCUUCGCGUCCUCCAGCGUUGUCGCUCUUCCCGAAACACGUCUUGCCAUCAUCCCCGGCGCCGGCGGCACGUACCGACUGCCUCCGAUUAUUGGUGUCAGCCGCGCCCGGGACAUGAUACUCACCGGCCGCCGAGUGACUGGACCCGAGUCUUACUUCAUUGGGCUCUGUAAUCGUCUUGUGGAGGUGCUGCCCGAGGAGGAGGCACAGGAGGGCGUUGCCCGCGAACGUGUCCUGCGGGAGAGUAUCAAACUCGCUCUGGAUAUCUGUGAAGGUGGCCCUAUUGCUAUCAAGAUGGCGAUGCAGGCUGUCGAUGCUCAUGCCCUGGGUGAGCGUGCGGAGAAUGCAGCUUAUGAGGGAGUCGUCGAGACUGAUGAUCGGUAUGAGGCGCUGCGCGCCUUUGUUGAGAAGCGGAAGCCGGCGUUCCGUGGAAGGUAA